GUGUGAGGUUGCUAUAGGCCAAAUCUAAUUUGUGAUUCGUCUCACCUCCUCUCUCUCCUUUGCCCCUUUUACCAUUUCCCCUUUCCCUCUUUUGUCUGUCUCUCUUUAUUGAGUUAUUUUGUUUCAUCCCCAGUUCUCUGUCACAGUCUUUUCCCCUUCCCCUCAGCCAGUCUGAAUGUCAUGUUUUCAUUGGGGGGGGGGGCAUGUUUGAGGGUCUGGCAGGAGUCCAGAUCUUCAUUGCUGAGAGCACUGAUGGAUGGGUGAAUGAGCAACUUCAUUAAACAGCAGGACCACAGGCGACUUUUUUUUUCUCUGGUCCACUGUCUGUUUGCACUCUUUAUGUGGGCCUCGCAGUGCCCUGGCUUAAAGGCUUUAAGUGUCCCCAUGCUUCAAGACGGGAUAGUUAGUUUACUGGGCAAGAUUUGAUUACAUUAGGAAGAACAUCAAUACUGAGGAUGUUUGGAGAGUUUGUCUGGAUUUCUUUUAAAUGUUUUUUUCUCCUUGUACUGUCAGAAAUACCUUAGAAAUCCUAGGCUCUCACCUGGGACAUUCAUAUUACAGUAUUUUACAUUGUCACCAUUGCCUUCCUAUCUACUAUGCGUUGAAUUACUUCCCAAAAUGGAGAUAAAACACUUACAAACUACAGAGAUAAACAGAUUGUUUGUCUAUUUUUUACCAUGUAACAAUGCGCAGAGAGAAAACAAACACAUACUCUCUGCAUAUAGCAAUGCCACGUGUCAUCAAUGUACAGAGACCUUAGUUUGUUGGGUACAGUUCAACUUGAUUAUAGCGAUGGAGACUCACCAUGUGUCUUUAUACUUUAUAGAUGGCUUCUCUGGGGACCAUGGCAAUGACCUGAUCUACCGCCGUGUGGACCCUGAGGGUCACGAGAUGACCUUUGAUCUGGGCAAAGGGGCCUGGAGCAGGGGCCAGUCUCAUGCCAGGAUGGCCAAGUUGAGUCCCGCUGCGCUGAUGGACUCCCGUUUCCGCCAGUCACCACGCAGGCAUGGCGUCAGUGUCUUGGCGAGGAACGAUCACGAGGUCCACGUCGAGAACGCCCCUGUCCAUGCUCGACACAUCGUUACCGUGGCCCUGCAGGUGGAUGUGAGGCGACUCAAUGUGACUCUGCUGCGCUCGUUCCGCGAGGGUGUCGCCGCAGCCCUGGACAUCUCGCCCCGACACGUGCACAUCAACCGCCUCAACGAGAGGAAGAAUGGCAUUGAGCUGUAUGUGUCGUCUGAGCGUGUGGGAGCGUCUGAGCCUGUGUCAUCAGAGGAAGUGAUCCGCUCGCUCGACAUCAACAUCCUCCACCAAAGUCUGGAGUCUUUUGGCAUCACUGAAGUCUCCUCUGAGAAGAAUGUACUCCAGGGACAGCGUGAGAGGGACGAUGUGUGGACCAACGAGGGCUUUUACGCGGUGGUCAUCUUCCUCACGAUCUUCAUCAUCAUCGUCACCUGUUUGAUGGUUCUGUACCGGUUAAAGGAGAAGGUUGAAUAUUCCGACCGGCAGUUGAAACAGCCGCCCCCGCCCAGCCGCGACGUUCACCUGGCCCCCAUCCCCGUGCACCCGGCCCCCCUGCCCCCCCUCCAGCCGCCUCCUUUCCAUCUCGGCAGCAGCAUGGUUCAGGCCAGAGCGGUCCCUAAACCUUUAAGCACCGCCCCUUUUGUAAGCACCACCCCUUUUGUAAGCACCGCCCCUUUCGCUCAUCCGUUCAGUCAUCCCACUGCCAGCGCAGGCUCCGCCCCCACAUCCACGUUCGCCGCCAGCGUUGCCACCUCCUGCGCCCACGCCCCCGAGCCCAUCUGCCCGCCUUGCAUCCCGCCCACUGAGAUCAAGCCCUGUCUCUCGUCAAGCCACUCCCCCUUCAGGAUGAAGCCAGCCGCUGGUCUUCAGGAGAGGAGAGGCUCAAACGUGUCCCUGGUGCUGGACAUGAGCUCCCUGGGCGCGGUGGAGCCGCUGAACUGCGGCGGCGUGAGCACGCCUCGCGAGAGCGCCGCCCAGGAGUACCUGCAGUCGGCCGGACGCACGCUCACGCGCCAGCAGCUCCGCCACACCGUGCUCAACACGCCGACGCUGCAUGCCGAGUUCGCUGAGAUCCCCAUGAACUUUGUGGAUCCGAAAGACCUGGUCAUCCCCAGCCACGGAACCAAGAACCGAUACAAGACCAUUUUGCCAAACCCCCACUCCAGGGUGAUCCUGAAGACGAAGAACUCUUACGAUCCUCUCAGCAGCUACAUCAAUGCCAACUUCAUCAGGGGUUACCUGGGAGACGAGAGAGCGUACAUCGCCACGCAGGGUCCGAUGAUCAACACGGUGAACGACUUCUGGCAGAUGGCCUGGCAAGAGGACAGCCCAGUCAUCGUCAUGAUCACCAAACUGAAGGAGAAGAACGAGAAAUGCGUGCUGUACUGGCCGGAGAGGAGAGGUAUCUAUGGUAAAACAGAAGUGCUGGUGAACAGCGUUCGGGAAUGUGAGCAUUUCACCGUGCGCAGCCUCACACUGAAGCAAGGGGGGCAGAGCCAUGCGGUGGAGCACUACUGGUACACGUCGUGGCCCGACCACAAGACCCCCGACAGCACCCAGCCUCUGCUGCAGCUCAUGACUGAGGUGGAGGAGGACCGGCUGGCCACUGGCCCCAGAGGCCCCGUGAUCGUUCACUGCAGUGCUGGUAUCGGGCGCACCGGAUGCUUCAUCGCCACGACUAUUGGCUGUCGCCAGCUGCAGAUGGAGGGCAGUGUUGACGUGUUGGGCAUCGUUUGCCAACUCCGAUCAGACAGGGGUGGCAUGAUUCAAACAGGGGAGCAGUAUGAGUUCGUCCACCACGCCCUGUUCCUGUACGAGAGCCGCCUGUCCGCCGACGCCGGCCAGUGAAAGCCCCUCCCGCACCCAUCUCCACCUCCACCUCCUCCUCAGCAGGAAGUGUUUUGCUCCUAUGCGCCAACUUCACCUGGAAGUUGAAAAACCUCAAUGGGUGGUCAUCAUUUUUUGCAACCUGAAGAACCUUCAGCGUGAUCUUGCUCUGGGAGGACAGAGGGAUAGUGAUCUUGAGAGUUUUUGGGCGGCGAAGUUUUGAAGUGAGGUGUUUCUGGACUCAUGCUGUGUGUUAAGGAAAGACAGUAUAAGAGCAUAUGGGAGAGAGUCCUCAUUGGAGACUCAUUGGAGUUUUUAUUUUCUUCUCGUGGCUGAAUGUAUUAUAUCAAUCUCGUCUCUGCAACUCUCUCUCUCUCUCUCUCUCUCUCUCUCUCUCUCUCUCUCUCUCUCUCUGUUGUCGUCAGCAGCUCUUCUCUUGCCUCAAGAUCUUUUGUGCUCAACCUGCCUUCAGUCCGGUCUGACCUCUGCAACACAUCAGCAGCUGUGCACUUUGAGGCAGACCUCUGGUGGACCUUCUCCUCAUGGACAAGAACAAUGUGUUUGGUUUUGUCAGUGGUGUUUUGUGCAGAAGCAUAGGGGUCUCUCCUGAUUAGUGUCUAGAGGUUUAACCCCCAGUCUCCAUCUUAAGACUGUUCAAAUACAGAGCGGAAUGGAGAUGUAGCGGUCGACUCAUCACAAUAUGAUUCUGUUGCCAUAUUCUUUUAGGAAAAAGCCAAUUUCAUUUCAAGGAAGGAUGGUGGAGCCAGAUAUUUAGUUGGACCAAUGAAACACACUGCUCCCUCACAGCUUUCACAGUGGUUACCUGGUUUGAGAAAAAGCCAAAGUUUGCUAAUCCCAAUUUUAUGUUCAGUAAUGUUUUCACUCCAGCCCUGACAUACACCUCACAAGCCAAUGGUGAUGUUGACAAUAGACGGUGGAUGCAAACAUAAACACUGAACUAAUGAUUGAUAUUAUGUCAUGAAAACACGUUAAACACACAAAUCGAGUUGUGUGUCUGUGUGGUUGGUUUUAGCUGAAGAACGUUUUUUUUUCUCCUGCUUUGCCCUGUCUACAUCUCAAGUUAACUUCAUCACGUCCUGGCCUUACCCUUUGUUUCUCAAUGGCUACACCUAAACCUACCAUUAAAACCAAAAAUCUGUUUGACCUAAAUUUACAUAUAAAUGGCAAUAGUUAAAUAAUGCACUAGAUUAAUAAACAAAUAUUUACAAUUUUUUUUGCUGUACGCUACUUACAAAAGCAUGUAAAGUUACAAAAGAGAGUUUUAAAUGCAACUUUCUUAAAAGGAAACCAUCACCUGUCCAUGGGCAAUGUUUGCAUUGAAUACAACGUCCGUGGCGCGGUCUUAAUAUACAAAAAUAUAGUUUAUAUGUUUGUUUAUGAAUUAUAUUCAUGUAUAGCUAAUAUAAUUAUUUUUGCAUAACUUGAGCAGACUGUUUUUUGAUACCCUGGAUUUAAACGAAAUGUGUGCAAAUCAACCUACAUGAACAUA